CAUGAAAGAGAAGUCCGGUCCCAGAACCACGGUGCGGGAAUAUAUAUUUCUCUCUCUUUCUGAGUGUAUUGUGAACGUUAUGCGCAUACGUUAGAUAGAUCAUAUCCGCCAAUGGGAAAAUAAAAUAUAUUGUAUAUUCAGUUGCAUAUAAUAGGUUAUAUAUACCGUACUAUAAACAUGAGUACCCGGAGAUGCUAUUUAUGCGAAAAAAAAGCAGAUGCAAAUAAAAAUAUCAGUUUACACAGAUUUCCAAAGGAACGACAACUUCGCUCAAAAUGGUUAAAUGUCUGUAAGUUAUCUGAAGCUGAUGAUGUCUCAAAAGUGUACAUUUGUUCAUGGCACUUCAAGGAUGAAGACUACAGGAAAAAAGAAGCACUUGGGAAGUAUGUUGGAAACUGGCUACUUCCAGGAGCAGUUCCUUCAAUAUCAGUACCCAAUAUCAGUACAAAUAUCCAACAAGUGUACAUCAGCGAUGAAGCUGUCAAAUAUCAAGAUAUUGGGGAUUUGGAAAAUAUAUUAUCUGAAGAAAAGAUGAUCAGCAAUGACAUGAACAAUGAGCCUGCUACAAUUGUAGAUGUAGAAAUGAAGAGUCAACCAUCUACAUUGUUAAAGGAAAUCGCAAAACCCAAAGAUAAUGACAAUAUAUCAUAUGUAUCAACAGGAAAAAAUAGGAAUAACAAUAAAAUUUAUGAUGACACUGAAGGCUUCAAACAAGAGUAUAUAUGCACUCCAAAAAAACGCAUAAGUGCAGAACCACGCUUUAUAUCUGAAAUUUGUGUUUCUGACGUCGCAACUCCCAGGAAAGCUAAAUGGAUAAUUGAAUUUGUGAAACGGAACAAUGCUAAGAAACAGAAACAAAUUCACAAACUCCAUCGCCAAAAACGGAAGUUGCUUAAACGUAUCGCAUUUCUGCAAGAUAUGGUGAAGCAUUUAGAACAAAAAGGAUUGAUGUCUGAAAAUGCUGGAGAAAGUUUAAUAGUAAAAUAUUAGACAGUGAAUGAGAGUUAGGCCUUUAAAGACAUUGGAAUAAGUCAUUAGGGAUCCAUAAAUUAUGUAUAUAAAAAUAUCAUGAGAUAUGAUAGCAAUCUAAAUGAAGGAGCUGUUAAGGAGUUUAUUUCGUCGUAACACAGUCGAGGGUAAAGACCAAAAAUUAUACAAAAAUUAUACAAACAAUUUUGAUCAAUACAAUUAAUGCCGAUCAGUUGAAGUUGUACUUCAUACGUUUCGUGCCAAUUUCGGCUGUCACGAGUAAUAGUUGUGGUGAAAGGGCCACUGAGUUUAGACCUGCAAUCAAAGAGAGAGAGACGAGUGACAGUUUGUUCGCAUGUUAUAUCAAGAGGUUAAUUUAUGUAAAAAGUUAAUUACGUUAAGUAGUCAUAGUCGAAUCUUAUUUCAAGAUCGUCUUAAGUAAUGUCUUAAGAUGAGAAUACGGCUCUAUGAUUGAUUCAUGACAUCUUAAGACAGUACUUAAGAUGACCUUAAAUAUAAGAUCAGACUAUGAAUACUGGCCUAUGAGAUUAAUUUACGGUAUUACACGGUAUUAUAUUUAUAAUGUUUAAUGUGCCGUGAUAUUUUCAGAGAAGAGAUAAGGAUAUCACAUCAGAUAAGUAUCGUUUAAUAUAGAAAAAUAUAUCUAAAGAAUGAAGAAUUCGAAUGCUUUGUGUUGUUUUUAAUCUUUGCAGUUACAGAUCUAAUAGUUAUGAAAAAGAAGAAGAAGGACAGAGAAUGAGAAUAGAAAAUAGAGAGCAGACAGGUGGAAAAGAAGGAAGACUGAGAUAGACAAAAAGGAUGUAUGAGUGAGUGAGCCAAUAUCAGUACAUCAUUACAUACUUUUCUUUGUAUACUUUUACAAUUGGAAAAGUAUUAAGAGGAAAGUAGAGAGGGAGAGAGAGAGAGAGAAACAGGAAAUAGGGACCACUAUUUUCUUUAUAGAACAAUAUUUUUAUUUUUUUAGAAUAUUUUUUUAUUAAAACAAUAAAUUAACAACAUAUUAACAUCAUAUAUUUUAAAGAAAUCCGUCUUGCAGUAUGUCAGUCAGCUGAGACUUGGAGCAGCUAUGCAAGGAGGUGUAUUUCGCUCAGGACAGCACUGCUUUUACGAUACCGAUUUUAGUGACCUACAAGAGUAGCAAAAUGAAUAGAAAGUGUGAAGAGAAAUCCAAUGAGAAUCUAAAGUUUAAACACUUAUGGAAAUAUAUAGAUAUUUAUACUUACAAAGCAGUGCUGUCCUUUGUUUCAAAGACUUUCAUUAACUUACGUUAUGUUUAUGUUUGCAUAAUCUCUUUAAAGAAACAAAUUACAAGACUGAAUUUUCAAUAAUUCUAAUUUUUCCAAUUGCAGUAUGAAUCACUAAAAAUGUUAGAAGCUAAUAUUUCUAAAACUGAACGAAAUAUAAAAUUCUUGUUUUCUAGUGACAGUUUGAAGCAUGCAUAAUAUAUUAAGGGACGAUAAUUCGAUAUCAAAUAGUCAAAAUAAGAAUAUCAAUAGUGCAAAAUAAGAAUUUCAUAUUUCGUUUAAUGUCACAAAUAUUAGCCUGUACUGAAUACUCGUAAUGACAUUCUAUAUAUUUAAUUUGUUUCUUUAUAAAAUUUAUAUUAUUUUUAAUAUACUAUUCUUUUAUUUAUUAUUAAUUCUACAUUCAAGUUAUUGAAAAAUUUUAUUUAAAAUGUAUUUUACAUUUCCAAUAUUAACACUUCGUAAACAAUCAUAUUUUCUAGACAUACAUUACAAUAUGAAUGUCCGAGAUCUUGGCAACUUUAAAUUGCUACAGCUUUAUUGAAAAUCUAUAUUGUUUAUAAAUUUGUUUUCUAUAUAGAAAAAGUAGAAAAUAUACAGUGUACAAAUAAAAUAAAAACCAAUAUUCGUUUGGAUCUCACAGACACAGAUUGUAUGUGAAGCCUCAUACGGCACAG